AUGAAGAAAAUACUUGAAGACGUGAGAAACGACUUGAGAAACGUUACAAAAAGAAUUGACAAUUAUGACCGAAAUCUAAAUAAUUACAACGUCACCACGCAUGACGUUAGUGCGAUGGCUGCUAUAAAAAUCGGCUAUGAUUUUAUAUAUAGCACUUUAGAAAAAAUAUUUGAUAAAGGAGCUGCACCGUCUAAAUCAAUACACCAAAAUGGAUCUCAAAAUCGCCAAACAAUAUACGACAUUAAUGGAACUCAAAACACUUACAAUUACAACAUAAAAUUCGUCAAUGGUAAUAAUGCCAUUCAGACGAAAAGCAAGCUUCGGCGUUUGAUUGAAAACAGCACUCACGUCACGUGGCAACGGUUUGUUAACGAUUCGUCGCCACUACCUGCCAGCGAGCCAAGCAAUACACCGGUUUCGCAGGAAGAACCCUAA